GACUCUGGAGGUUUUCUUGAGCCGCAAAAAUAAGGAAAACAAAAAAUCUCACAUCGUGUUCACAGUUUUGUAUCUUAGUUCGCGUUUUGUUAAAACCCUGUUGGUUGCUCACUAGUAUAUGCGAAAGAAUUUAUCAAUACGUUUGGUUAAGUAUUCGGGUUACUUUUGUUUUUAUGUGUUUGUUUAUGAUAAACUAUGUGACUAAGUUAGCUCAUACUCGUUUGGCUAACGUUAACCCAGUGUCCCUAACCUGACUGUAACGUUACGUUAUCCACAGCAAAAAGUUUCACCGAUGGAGAUCACUCCUAAAGCAGCCAAAUUAAAGUCAGUCUAUUCUUCACCUUGUAAUUCAGUGGAGUCAAGCCCCUGUGACUAUAAAGAGGAAAAGCAUAAUCAAAAGCUGAGUUCCUCACUGAAGGAGAGGCUGAAGAGAACAAGGCGCUCCUUCACCUCGCCCUUCUCUGUGGCCAAACGCCUCUGUGUUGAUGAGGAGGAGGAUGGCCAACAAGUUUCAGCAGAUUCCCGCGAGACGGUUAAUAACCCUCCACUGAUCAUGCCCAAUGUUGACGUAAAAAUAAAUGAAAAGAGAUCAGGGAGUGAAUGGCUUUCUGGAACCAUUCCCGAACCAACACAUCCUCCUUCCAAAGACUUCGCACAACAACGAGACCAACUGAGGAAGGAGGUUAAAGACAAGAUGGAGACUCUGCGCCGACUCAAGAUGGUUAAAAUGUACAGAAGCAAGAAUGAUUUAACACAACUCCAAACCUUGAUUGACAAGUGGAGGAGUUGUGCUCAGGCUGCACUGUAUGAGCUCCAGUCAGAUGUCCCCAUAGACGGACGGAAGGCCAGCCUGGCAGCUCUUAUUGACCUCUUUGGUCUGGAUGAUGGCAUUCUGCACUUUGACCGCACAGAGGAGGACUUCACUACCAAAUAAAUAUAUGCUUUAACAACAAUCACGUUACAAAUAUCCUGAGUUAACUAAUUGUUUUAUUUAUUUUGCUGUGACACCGUUCUUAUUCUUAUUCACAGCUUGAGUUGUAAAUUUCCUGUUAAGUAAACUAACUAAGAAAAGUGU